AUGCAGAGCCCUUCACCUCCUCCUCUGAAGCAUCCAGCUCAAGAGGAUGAUUGUAUGCUUGCUCCAAUCACUCCCAGAAAGAAUGCGUCCGAGGUCGCUGUCUCUCCAGUCCCAGACUCUAGACCUACAAUUGGCAAAGGCCGAUGCAUUACACCUGACAGUGUUUGCCAGCCACCAGCAAAGAGGAGACGCAAAUGCCGCUCCGGGCGGCGUCUUGAAAAGGGUUUAAGCUUGGAUAAUAUAAUCCCAACUCCAACUCGGCAGGGAGGAAGUCUGAAGAGAGUCUUGCGUAAAAAGCAUGUCUCACCUCUUGCAAAGGCACGCUACUCAACUCGAACUGCUGUCAAUGGCGGAAGGCGAAUCAACUACGAUGUGAAAAAGCAAUAUGAUAUGAUGCUCGGCCGUGGCUGGCUCAGUCAAGGCGUGAAGAGAGCUCAUAGCUUCAACACUAGCGACGAUGCUGCAACUACUGAAGGUGAUUCGUCAUUGGCUUAUCUUUCAGGGCUAGAUCAACCUGAGAUUUACAGCUCGCCAUUUGCCAAGCCUAUUCCGCGCAGCUGGGCGGAGCUGAAUCCUUUUGAUAAGCGCAUUUAUUUGCUUCAGAAAGGCGAUUCGCCUUUUGACCGGCCUAUUCCAAAGCUCUGGCCUGAAGUGGUGAAUCUACUCCUCGACGAGAAGCUAUUGACUGAGAGUCAGCUUGAAAAUGCUGGUGGUGAAGAUGCUAUCGCUCAACGCUUUGAAGCCAUUCGCAGUAAUCUUCGAAACUGCGUGGAAGGGAGUAAUGAUUCCAAGGCUACAGACCACUCUGGACUUGACAAUUUCAGAGAGAUUGGUCUAUUCGAUCUUAAUGAUCCAGAAGCCGAUUGGACCUGCAAGAAUCAGGGAGACAUUCGUUACAUCUAUAAGAGAAGCGUGAAUGAUAAGUACGAUGAAUCUGGCAUCGACGCGGAUGAAGAGCUAUCUUCAUUCUGCGAUGCCGUGAUUCAUGAAGACGAUCCGGAGGAUUCUUCUGUUGACUCCGAUUAUGGAGAGAGAUUGUUCACCGAUGAGGCCAGUGUAAACCACGGGUUCGUAAAUCUCGCCGGCGCGGCUCUGGGAAAGCUUGGACUUGAUGCAGAGAUUCCAGACUCCCAAGAGGAUUGCCCUUUGACUGAGCGCACCUAUGGGCUGCGCAGGAAUGGUCUGAGUGAAUACGACAUUGCGGAACGCGUCUGUGGUAUCGACCAUCCUGUUUGUGGAGGAGACUGUCAUUUUGUUGAGCGCCUUUGGGGCCUAAGUCUCUCUUCUAAGAAGCUGCCGCAACCUGACGAAGAAGAAAUCCAGAUUCCAAUUGAAAGAGACACUGAUGGCGUCAAGGAAGGAGCAUUCGGCGUGCCUAAACAAGAAAGCCAUGACGCAUUUUCUCUUCCAGUCCCACCCAAGAAGAGAUCUGCAAAGUCCAAGCGGCUGCAAAAGAAGAGGAGAUCUGAUUUUCAAAUCUACGAAGACCCUGUCGACAUGGAAUGUGACGACCACAAGGACCCGGUUCAGAUGAUGGACCUGCCCAAGGAAAACUUUGCAGAGGUCCUAGAAAUCGAAGACACUGAUGUGGUUCGUGAGCUCAUGGACGGCACGAACCCUCGCGCUUCCAUUCAACAGAGGCGUGCUGCACGUCAAGGAUUGGCCAGCGCACCGGGGCUGAACAGAAUGACGCCUGCGCUUCGGACAGUACAAGAGUCUCCUGAGCCUGAGAUUGAGCAUGAUUUUGUCAUAAAUAUUCCUCGAGCAAGUUCAUUUGGUCAUGGAACCAUGGCGAGGGAGAAUGACCAUCGCAUGGCACUUCUCGUUGUUGAAAGUACUGGACAUGCCAUGCCGAGAACUCUCCGGUGA